UUGAACAUUGUGACACCACUGGGUGUGUCCGUUGGAAUUUGUACUAUCAUCGCAAUAUGGAGCAGCAUAAGGGAUAGGUGCAUAGGAGGGAACUGGAAAAAGGAAUAUUUUGUUACUCUGUAGCUCAUCCAGGGCCUAAGUAAAGCAUCAAUCGACGUUGCACGCACGUAUGAAACGGUGCAGCGGCAGUGACCGAGAGGAGUGGCCGGCGAUAGCGACCGUCUUCUCGUCUACUUGAAAGUACGCGCCGUUUCUGACGCUCUCGAAAGCGCCAAACGUGAAGACGAAAGGGGAAAAAUGAACAACGUAUGGCCGCUACUGCUCCUGGUGCUUGCCGCUAACUUGUCGUCAACUGCAUCCGCCGAUGAAACUCCCGAUGAUAUCUGUGCGUCCGCCGGACAGUUGUGCGGAAUCACACCGUGUGUUCCUCUCAACGACAACAAAUACUUCACGUGUCACUGCGGAGAUGACCGUUACUUCAAUGCUACAGCUCAACGGUGCUACCAUCUCGAUGCUUGUUCAGCGAUGCUAUGCCAUCCUGGGAAAUGCAUCGACAACGAUGGAAAUGACGUGGCUAGGUGCAACUGUGCUGGAAUACAUGGCAUGACCGAAGAAUGCCAAGUGGAUCCAGCAUUCAGGGAUGAGUGCGUCAAAAGCGGCGGUGAACAAAGCCUUGACCGCGAUGGUCGGCCGCACUGUGUUUGCCCUCAUGGCACUGAACUUGAGGACGACACUUGUAAAUCCAUCGCCUGCUUGUUUCCGGACUUUACGUGCAAAGAUAUCUGCAGCAAUGCCAAGCUGAGAGAAGAUAACCGCUGUUGCCAGAACUGGGAGGCAGGCUCGUGUGACGCCCAUUAUGAAGAAGGAAGUUUCUGCCUACCAGGCACUAUUGGAAACGGAAGCAUCUGCACAAACGUAUGCGCUGAGGACUCACUUGGGCCUGUCUGCGAGCACGGUUGCACAUACGAGAACUCAUCAACUCCUGACUAUAAGUGCAAGUGCGAGGACAAGGACGAGUUCGCUGCCGAUGGACGGACGUGCCAGGCUAGAGUUGAGUGUAACGAAGAGGAAGCACGAAGUUGCGAAGAGAGUGGUGAAAUAUGCGUUAUCAAAGAUGGAGAAGCUUCGUGCGAAUGCCCUUUGGGCUACGCAAUGAUUGGUGGCGUCUGCUCAAACAAAUGCUCGCUCAAAUGUCAACCUUCGCUAAGUAAGUGUAUCAUUGAUUCACAAAUGGAAACAUGUGUCUGCGAGUAUCCCCUGAAAUGGGACCAUGCCAAACAGCAGUGUAUUUUAGACAAGCAAUUUCUUUACAUCACAACCUUCGAGCAAUAUCAGAGUUCCGUAACUGCCACUACAUACACGACACGCAGUUGUGCCAAGAUUGGGCAGUUGAUUGAUCAAGCGAUGAGAAACCUAUAUGGCAAGAAUCUCAUAGCUACACGACUUCUGAAGUGCGGAGAAGAGCACGAAGUGGAAUUGUCAUUUUCGGAAGAACCUGCACCAGCACUGUUGAACAGAAUACACUUGUGCGAGAACUGGGAUAAAACUAGCGGUUGCUUUUUUCCUCCUGCUUUGUACAUCGUAAACGGCACUUCCUCAGCAGACCCGCAGGCAGUGGAUUUGUGCGACGCUUACCUGAACGACACCGAAGCGGUCUCCAGUGGCAGCCACAUGUGUGUCAGUGAAGGAGCCGGAACGUAUCUACUGCAGUGCGCCCUUGGUAGAGGCGCAGCUAUUGUCCAGCAGGGUUCCCUGAAAGUUCAACGGUGCGAUGAAGGUUGCCGUCCAAAUCCAUGCCCCCAAGACUGCAUAUGUGAACCAGACGCAACAACUUCAUAUAAGUGCAACUGCAGGGAAAACACCACGAUGGCUCCACUUAAGCCACACCAUGAAAAAGCGUCAGCUCCAACUACGACGUCGGUAGCUCGAAAACCAAGUGGCUAUGUCUGGGCGAGCGUGGCUAUUGUUAUCGGCAUCUUGAUACCUGCUGUUAUCGUCGUCAUUAUGCUAAUGAGGAGGAAGACAUCGUACAUAGUCACACCGGUGAAAAAAGUAAGCAGCAAGGAUUUUCAGCCACUCCCUACAGAAGAGUGCUGACUAACGAAAAAAUGAAGGAGUACUGACGCCAUUUCAUGUCAUGCAUCGUGGCCGUUUACAUGUGGUACGGUAGGAAAGGCCAGAUAUUCCCGCGGCCACGGAAGACACAACAGGCUGAACACAAAUGUCGACGUUCCAAUGAAGUCAACUUUUUUCCAAGCAUGUGAAUAAAACAUUUUCAUGUGGAGUA